UUAGCUUAGCUGUUAACCACAUCCGAAUGGAUGCCGAGCCAGUCGCGUAAAACAGGCUAGCUAUUUAUCGAUAUCGCGUAUCUAUCAAUAAACAGCUAACACGUUUCUUUCUCGUAGAAAUAGAUACAACCCGUGCGUUUUUCUAUAAGCUGACGUUGGCGUUAGCCUUCGGUUUUGUAGUUAGGAAAGGCAUAAAGGCGUUAAUUGUUAGCGUUAACGCUUGGGAAAUUAACAGCAACUCGAAGUUGUAUUAUCCCGAAUUGAACGGAUAGUGAACAACAGCAGUCCACGAUCCUUGUUGUUCUGUUGCAUUUGCUGUCUGGGAGCAGAAACAGCGGGAGAGCACAUCCAUUUUAGCAGGACAACAAUGUCUACAUCGAACGCUAAUUUCAAAAACAAGUGUGUGACCCAGGUGAACUGCACAUUUUGUGACAGUCUGCUCUGCACGAGGGGCAUGAAAGCGGUGCUUCUUGCAGACACCGAGGUUGAGCUGUUUUCGACUGAUAUACCUCCCAAUAGAACCGUUGACUUUGUGGCCAGCUGCUACUCUACUGAAAGCUGCAAAUGCAAACUGAGAGACAUCGCAUGUCUCAAGUGUGGUAAUGUUGUGGGCUACCAUGUUGUGGCCCCCUGUAAACCCUGCCUGCUCUCCUGUAACAAUGGCCAUUUCUGGAUGUUCAACAGCGAUGCUGUAUCUACUCUCAACAGACUAGAUGUGACAGGUCUGAACCUGCUCCUGUGGGGAGAUCUUCCUGAACUAGAUGACAGUGAGAAUGAAGAAUCAGAAAGCCCAUCAGAGGAGGAGUGCAUUAGGUAGGUGUGGUAAGAAGACAAUGUGAGAGACCUGGAAAUCUAAUAUUUUACAGUAGUGUUAGAAGAGUUUACGAACGAUGCUUGAGAAAAUAAACUCUUCAAAGGACAAUGUAAUACUGAAUCAAACAGGGCAGAAAAGUUCUGCUGUACUUCUCUAUAUGGGUUGAAAAAUAAAACCACGGUACACAUCUGGCCACACCCCCAAUCAGUGCUGUUACAGCAGGUGUUUUGCCUUUGACAGCUGAUGGAGAACACCUUCUAAAUCAUCACUCAUUAAAGUGUAGCCAAAAACUCAACAUGCUCCAAAGAUUGCACACACGGAGAAUAGUGCAGCAAAAGUGGUUGGCUGUGUGUAAUUUAGUGUUGAAUUACACUUGAACCUGUGACCAUGCCUUUACUCAUCCCUGUUAAAAGCACAGACAUAUGUCACACACAUUCUUUACUCUUUUAUUCUUUUCCUAGUACAUCUCAUGGGUUACUACUAAAUGUGGCUGAUGUAGGCAGAACAUAACAAACAACCAGACAACUUAAUCGUAUUCUACCUCUCAUCAUGUAGUCUUCACUGAGCUAAUGUUUUGGUCGACCUCAUGCAAUGUUGGGGCUGUGGUAUGGAACUUCUCAACAGAUGCUGUGCGUUUUCACCCGGUUUACAUUUAGUCAAAUUUUCUGAUAAGAUGACCACAAUUUGCCUACCUUAUUUUUAAUGCUAGUUAUAUUGAAUAUGCUGUAAUAAGCAAAAAAUCCGAUCAGACUUGUGUCUUCAGAGUUUAUAUUCUCUGUGUGACUGAGUGGUGACUGAACAGCCUAGUCUCGUACAAAUGUAUGUUCCCCUGUCCUCUAAAUUAUAUUUUAUGGGAAACAAGUUUCUUCCAGUUGCAGUUUUAACCUGUGGUGAACAAACAACAAAAACAAAAGAUGCUCCAAAACAUAUUUUUUUAGGUUAAGGCCACAUGACUAGUGGGUUCGGAUUAGCAAAAACACAGUUUGACUUCGAAAGAAUACGUGAAACCAAGCAAAAAGUACUCAUUUUAAACUUAUUUAUGAAACGUCUAAGGCAAAUGUGAUCCACAGCAAAGUAUGUUUCCUUAAUGUGUUUUACAUUCUGUUGUAUGGUUAAAACAUUUUUUAUUCUGUCUAUUGGAGAAAUAGCACAAUGAGAGAUAUAUAUAUAAUUAUAUAUAUAUAUAUACACACACACACACAAAUAAAUUCCUUGCAUUUCAUAUGCUAAUACAGUAGGCAUGGAGCAGCUGAUUUUUAAAUAUUUAGUUUUUGGUAAUGGUCAUUGAUAAUGAUGAUGAUGAUAAUAUAGGAAAGCUAGAAUGGGAGCUAACAUAGUUGCACUUUUAUAAAACGUAUACACUUUUGAUGUGGCUCAUAAAGCAAAAUUAUGAAAACAAGAGUUCUAAAUGCAUGCCCGUGUCAUGCUGGGUUUUUGUUACUCUUCAGUUUCAUGUAGCAGUGUAAAUGUAGCAGCUGAAAAGAAGACAACUCCAAAGAAUCAUGAAAGGUAUCAAAUAUUGAUUUGAUAAUGAACUCGCAGACCCUUCUAAAAAAGAUAGUUGUCAUUUGAGACUUAUUGAAUAGCAUUUUACAAAUUUUUAGUCAGUGGAGCUGAUCAUAAAACUAUCAAACCCUCGAUUUUCUAAAGGCCUUAUUGAUGCUGUGAUUGCUGACAAUUAACCUUUGUUGAGCUGUGGACUUGGAGGUUGAUGCUGCAUGGUAGUUGGUCAUCACCAACUGACCAGGCCUUCUCCUCAGUCCGUCGGCUCAGACACAUGCCGCAACAGUCACAAGGGAUACUCAGUCCUGCUCUGGCAGUGCCCUCCUCCUGUUAUUGUUUCACUGCUGUGCCCUGCUGAUCUAUGGCCCUGUCGCAAUGUAACAGUCCAUUCUCGACAAACUAGAAUAUCACUUCUUUAAAAGGAUUAAGGAAGUAAGUAUUUUGAAACUUGAAUUGGCCUCUGUGUUUGUCUAGUUUUGGUAAAAUACACAGGAGGAAAUAUUUCACGUCCUUCAUCUUAAGUUAUAACUGACCGUCUGCUACACUUGCACACCGAUACUGUUAAUAUGGUAAACUGUUAGUACACAGUUUAUUAGCUAGUUAUUUAUUAUAUCCACAAACCAAAUACCUAUAACCACAUACUUCCUUUUUGUUUACAAGCUUUGUUUACAAAUUCAUUGGUUUGUAUUGUGCUACAGUACUUGUGUUUUUGUUCAGGUAUUUAAUUUGUGAUUUAGUGCUUUGUUUUGGAUGUGUAUAGUUUUACCUUUUUAAGAAAGUAUCACUUGCGAGCUUCCUCUGGAUAGGACAAUUGUCAUGAUAAUCCAAAAAAAACAUGUUUAAGUGGCUGUUUCUGAUGUGAAUAACUUUGAUUAACAUGCCCUGCUGUCAAAAAAUAUAUAUUUUGGAAUUGCACUGAAUCUGCAUUGGUAGUUAAAAAAAAAAUGAUUUGUUGUUUUGUAUGCUCAAUAAAAAAAUUACAAAAAUAUA